UCCACCAAGACUCAAGAGCGCUCCAUCUCUUCCUGCAUUAUCACUCCGUCCAUCUCUCCUGCGCUUCUCCUUAUUCUCCUUCUUCAUCAUCUCCUCCUCCUCUUGCACUUCUGCUCAAUCUCUCAGCUGCGAAAAUGCGCGAGAUCGUGCACCUGCAAGCCGGACAGUGCGGCAACCAGAUCGGAGCAAAGUUCUGGGAGGUGAUCAGCGACGAACACGGCAUCGACCCGACCGGAUCGUACCACGGCGACAGCGACCUGCAGCUCGACAGGAUCAGCGUCUACUACAAUGAAGCUACAGGUGGAAAGUAUGUGCCCCGUGCCAUUCUCGUGGAUCUGGAGCCCGGCACCAUGGACUCGGUCCGCUCUGGCCCAUUCGGACAGAUCUUCAGACCAGACAACUUUGUGUUCGGUCAAAGCGGUGCUGGAAACAACUGGGCAAAGGGUCAUUACACUGAAGGGGCGGAGCUUGUGGACUCAGUUCUGGAUGUGGUGCGUAAGGAGGCGGAAAGCUGCGACUGCCUGCAGGGGUUCCAGCUCACUCAUUCCCUGGGCGGCGGGACCGGUUCAGGCAUGGGCACGCUGCUCAUUAGCAAAAUCCGCGAGGAGUACCCCGACCGCAUCAUGAACACUUUCAGCGUGGUGCCCUCACCCAAAGUGUCCGACACGGUGGUGGAGCCCUACAACGCCACGCUGUCCGUGCACCAGCUGGUCGAGAACACCGACGAGACUUACUGCAUCGACAACGAGGCGCUUUACGACAUCUGCUUCCGCACCCUGAAGCUGACCACGCCCACCUACGGCGACCUUAACCACCUGGUCUCAGCGACCAUGAGCGGCGUCACGACCUGCCUGCGUUUCCCUGGGCAGCUGAACGCAGACCUGCGCAAACUGGCGGUCAACAUGGUGCCCUUCCCGCGCCUGCACUUCUUCAUGCCCGGGUUUGCUCCUCUGACCAGCAGGGGGAGUCAGCAGUACCGCUCGCUCUCCGUACCCGAACUCACACAGCAGAUGUUUGACGCCAAGAACAUGAUGGCGGCCUGCGACCCACGUCACGGCCGCUACCUCACCGUGGCCGCCGUCUUCCGCGGCCGCAUGUCCAUGAAAGAGGUGGACGAGCAGAUGCUCAACGUACAGAACAAGAACAGCAGCUACUUCGUCGAGUGGAUCCCCAACAACGUCAAGACGGCUGUGUGUGACAUCCCGCCACGUGGCCUCAAGAUGGCCGCCACCUUCAUAGGCAACAGCACUGCCAUCCAGGAGCUGUUCAAGCGCAUCUCCGAGCAGUUCACCGCUAUGUUCAGGCGCAAGGCUUUCCUGCAUUGGUACACCGGAGAGGGCAUGGAUGAAAUGGAGUUCACAGAGGCAGAGAGCAACAUGAACGACCUGGUCUCCGAGUACCAGCAGUACCAGGACGCCACCGCGGAAGAGGGAGAGUUCGAGGAGGAGGGUGAAGAGGAGGUCGCUUAAAUCUAAUCCACAGCCCUUUCUUUUUUUCCUUCUAUCCACCCUUAGCUUCAUCUCAAGGUGUCUUUCAGGUGUUUACUUCUUGUGCAACUUCUGGGUUUUUUUCUCUUCUUUAUUUGUCCUUGUGUCAUUUUUUAGUCCACUGCAUCGUCUCUAACCUUAACAAAAGAAGUUCUAUCAACUGUGAUGCCUUCAUACGUUUAAUGUACUUCUGUCGAGAUCUGAAUAAAGGCUAAUUCUACACCUGA